CUCAGAACCAAAUACCGACUAUAAAAAAACGAAACGUUGGUUUUUUUUUCUCAUAUACCUUCGUGUUUUGACCAAAAUUUAAUCCUUAUUAGUCGAAAAAUGAGUGGACGUGGUAAAGGUGGAAAAGCAAAAAGCGGUAAGUCCAAGACGAGAUCAUCCCGUGCCGGACUUCAGUUCCCUGUGGGUCGUAUUCAUCGGCUUCUGAGGAAGGGUAAUUAUGCAGAACGUGUAGGUGCUGGUGCCCCCGUGUAUCUUGCUGCUGUCAUGGAAUACUUAGCUGCCGAAGUUUUGGAAUUGGCCGGUAAUGCUGCCCGGGAUAACAAGAAAACACGUAUUAUUCCGAGACAUUUGCAAUUGGCCAUCAGGAACGAUGAAGAAUUGAACAAACUGUUGAACGGGGUAACAAUCGCCCAGGGAGGUGUUUUGCCCAAUAUUCAAGCUGUUCUACUACCCAAGAAAACCGAGAAAAAACCAUAAUUCGCAUUACAUUUUUCCUAUUUUUAAAAAGGCUCUUGUCAGGGCCACCAAUUAAU